AAAGAGGGAAAUUCUGUAGAGAAGAACCAGGGUAAAUCGGUUCACUGUGAAAGAGGUUUGGGGACACACAAGAGCAUCAUUGUAUACAGUCCAAAUACAUGUAUAGGAUGUGUGAAAAGCUUCUGUCUGAGAUCAAAUCUUAUUACACACCAGAAACUCCACACGGGAGAAAAACCUUAUAAAUGUACUGAGUGUGGGAAAAGCUUCCUUCAGAACUCCAAACUUAGUCAGCAUCAGGGAAUCCACAUGGGAGAGAAACCCUAUAAAUGUCUGGAAUGUGGAACAGGCUUCACUCUGAGCUCCACAUUCAUUCAUCAUCAGAAAAUCCACAGGGGAGAGAGGCCCUACUGAUGCAUCGAAUGUGGGAAAAGCUUCAAUAAACACUCAACGCUUGCACAGCAUCAGAAAAUCCACAUCAGAGAGAAACCCUUCAGAUGUGUAGCAUGUGGGAAAAGCUUCAGUCGGAGCUCAACACUCAUUCAGCAUGAGAGAAUCCACACAGAGAACAAGCAGCAUAAAUGUGCUGAAAGCGAGAAGAGAUUUAGUCAGAACUCAGACCUGAUUGUACAUCAGACAAUCCACAUGGGAGAGAAACUCUACGCAUGUACUCAGUGUUGGAAAAGUUUUAGCGGCAGGUCAACACUUAUUAAACAUCAGAGGAUUCACACAGGUCAGAGACCCUAUAAGUGCCCUGAAUGUAAGAAAAGCUUCUCCUGGAGCUCACACCUUAUUCGUCACCAGACGGUCCACAUGGAGGAGAAACCCUAUAAAUGCACUAAGUGUGGGAAAAGCUUCGGUCGGAAAUUACAACUCAUCCAGCACCGGAAAAUGAUACAGACAACAUUCGAGGAAGUGGCUGUGUACUUCACCCAGGAAGAAUGGGCACUUUUGGAUGAAAGGCAGAGAGAACUCUACGGGGAUGUCAUGUGGGAGACAUUUGAGACUGUGAUCUCUCUCGGAUUUCUGGUUCCCAAACCUGAUGUGAUUUCCCAGAUGGAAUGAGGGGAAGAACCAUGUGUCCCAGAUCUCCAGGCCACCAAACAAAGAGAGGUUCUGAAAGCUACCCAGACAGCAGAUGAUGAGAUCUUCUUGAGUGAAAAUAAGGAGGAGAAUUCUUCUCUGAUAAUACACAAGAGAGAGAGACUGAACAUGUGUGCAGAUCUUAUUAAACAUCAGAGAUUGCAAAUGGGAGAGAGACCCUACAGAUGUUCUGACUGUGAGAAGAGUUUUAGACGGAAAUCCGAUCUGACUC